UCGUCCUCUCUUCCAACCAAUACUUACAUUAUAUCAUACGAAUAAAUACAGACACACACAUAGAGAGGCUCAACUGCUGUUAGUUAGGUAAACUGGCAGCUGUAGUUUUUCUUGGUAGUGUGCGGCUCGGUAGGUACCUACCUAUAUGCGCACACUCUCACUUCUCGCUUGCAAAAGCAGAGUUGCAGUUGCGAUUUUCGUGAGUGCGCGCGUUAACGUGUUGGUGUCAUCUUGAUUAGCAGCGGCAUCAAUACAGCGACGAGGUCGCGAAAUUCCGAGUUAUCUAUCGUCGCUGUAGAUGAAAAGUAUAACGGGAGAGACACAAGUUGUACGGAGAUAAGCGUGCACACGCGCAUAUAGGAAAGAUAGUCGGAGGAGAAGAGUGUAUAGAAAUUAUGGCAGACACGACGGUAGACGCGACGCGCCGCCUCAACGUCAAAAAGCAGACCCUCGACGACGCCUAUGCAGCCCCGGCGAACUUUCUCGAGAUCGAUGUCAUUAAUCCAAUAACCCAUGGCCUUGGCAAGAAACGCUACACCGACUACGAAGUUCGGAUGCGCACUAAUUUACCAGUCUUCAAAGUAAAAGACUCCAGCGUGCGAAGACGAUAUAGCGAUUUUGAGUGGUUAAGAAAUGAACUCGAGAGAGACAGUAAGAUUGUAGUGCCUCCACUGCCAGGCAAAGCUUGGAAAAGACAAAUGCCUUUCAGAGGUGACGAUGGAAUAUUCGAAGAAGACUUUAUUGAAGAUAGAAGAAAAGGCUUGGAAGUGUUCGUGAAUAAAAUCGCAGGACAUCCGCUGGCGCAAAACGAACGGUGUUUACACAUGUUUUUGCAAGAAGUCUGUAUAGAUAAAAAUUAUGUGCCUGGAAAAAUAAGGAACACAUAGAUUGUGUGAAAAUACUUUAGACUAUAAGAGCGUGAGAAUUUGUUUAUGAUAUACUAUAAUGUUUGUAUUUUAAUUAAUUUUCACGAAACAUGAUUAGAAGUCUCUCUACAUAAUACGUAUAAAUAUUUCUUACUAAAUAUCUGAGGUACGUUCAUUCUUGAUUAGGAAAAUUUGAUGCAACAAAUUUUCACAUCUUGCAUUAUCAUUCAUACAUUUGCAACGUUAUCAGAAAUUUUUUUUUAAGCAUAAUGUACAUUAUAAAGUGUAAUUAUAACGUCAUACGAACAAAGAAUUGAUUUGAAAGUUGUAAAAGUACCUAAAUCAUACAUGAGCAGAUACUUGCUGCACGUGUACAAACGCUUCAUCGAUUUCAAUUGGAUCAAUUUAUACUUACUGCAGGAUAUUAGAAAAUUUAGAAAAAGAAUAAAGAUGAGGUGUUUUUUACACACUUUGUUUAAUCGAAAUGUAUGAGAUUUAUUGUAUAAGCAAACUAUUUUAAAUAUGUUAUGUAUUACACGAUUUGGACCAUGAGAAAUAUAAUUUAAAAUUCGCGUUUA